AUGACUUAUGUUAGAGAUACAUUGACUUACCGUCUGCGACCCGACGAUAAAAAGCUGGCAUGCGAGAAGAUCAAGCAUUUCAUGAUCCGAGCAAACACUCUCUCCGAAGGCGAUACAAUGGACAUCCUCAUUGGGCUCGAAGGUGAUCUAGUCACCAUGCCUGAAUCACCUGUUGGUCCGCCUUGCACGCAAGAGGACGAACACAAACCCGAAAAACGUACCCUCAAAGAACAGUACUACAAGUGA